AUGGACUCCAAUGAUAAUCAAAAACAAUCCAUUAUUAUUACAAAUAAGAAUUUCAAUAGAACUAAAUCAGGUCGAAAAGAAAAAAAUUCUAGAAAGAAGAAUCGGAAAUUCUUUCAAAGAACUAAAUUCUUUGGAAAUAGUCUUUAUCAAAAACUAUUAAAUAAAGAUAUGAAUGGUACUCAAACAUUGCCUAUGUUGGAAUUGUCUAUAUUCAAUAAAAGUGAUUAUCAAUCCUCUAUUCGAUCAUCUAUAGAUCCCACUAUGUAUUUGAAUGAUUAUUCACUUGUAUCAAAUGAAAUUUUUAAAGAAAAAUUCUUGCGAUUAUUGAUGGAUCAAUAUGAAAGACAAUCUUACAUUGAAUUAUUCAAUAAUGAAGAAAUGUUAACAUUUACUCGAGACUUACCACAACAUAUAAAUCAAUUAAAUUACUUCAAUUUACAAUAUGAUCAAUGGACAUAUUAUCAUCAACUUGGCCAGACAGAAGGUAUUUGGUACGGACGUAUAUCAAAGAAAAUGGCUAUGGUCAAUUCCGUGUGUGUGAGUUAUGGUCGUGGAAAAGCAUUAAUUCGACAGCAAAAACAAGCACCUUUAUCUAUCGAUUUAAAAGAACUUGAACGUAUGAUCAAUAAUUUGAUUAAACAAGAUCAAUAUCGAUUAUCCAUCGAAUUAGAACAACAACGUCAUAUGUUAAAAUUUGAUGCUCAAGAUCAUCGAUUAGUCGAAACUUUCUAUCAAUUAAAUGCAAAGAAAACUGAGAUAUCUUCAACUAAAACAAUCUGGAAAGCUACUCAUUAUGAACAAUUAUUAAGAUGCUUGGUAAAAAUGAAUGAAAUUUUUACAUUUAUUCUUACAAAUAAAGUAUUAUUCGAUUCUAUGUCGACAAUAAUCGUCAAUGAAAUUCCAUUGAAACAAUUGGUAUUUGAAUCAAUGAAUGAAGCUGUUAUCAUCGUUGAAAAAAAUAUUCAAGCUUAUAUUGAAAUAGCAACUGCCGAAAAAACAAAAAUUUUAAGCCAACAAAAUAAAUUUAACAAAUUACCAACAGUUGAGACUGUUAUGAAUGCUAUUGAAAAUCGUCAACGAAAUAUGGUUCAACGUGCUCAAUAUUGUAUGGAACAAAAAAUCAAGAUAUUAUUUUUAGACAAAAACAAAACAUAA